CGGGCCGGAAGGAGUGGCCGGCGCUUCCGGUGCCGUGCCGCGCGGGGGCUCCCUCGGUGAUGUCGUGGGUUCAAGCCGCAGCUCUGGACCCAGGUCCUGGCGAGGAGGGGGAUGUGUUUGACGAGGAAGCGGACGAGACGCUCCUGGUGCAGCGGGAAUGGCGGAGCCACAUGCAGAGACGAGUCAAAGAGGGUUAUAGAGAUGGGAUAGAUGCUGGCAAAGCAGUAACUCUUCAGCAAGGCUUCAAUCAAGGCUAUAAGGAAGGUGCAGAAGUCAUUAUAAGUUAUGGACAACUCAGAGGAACAUUGAGCGCUUUGCUCUCCUGGUGUCACCUUCAUGGUAAUAGUUCGGCUUUGAUCAGUGAGAUAAAUAAUCUCCUGGAUGCAGUUGGCCAGUGUGAAGGGUAUGUGCUCAGACGUCUGAAAUCAGUCAUUCCACAGCCCCGUGUUGUGGGUUUGUUGGACUCCAUUCAGGACAUGGACCUUGGUCAUGUAGCUCCAGCUGAGGAAGAGCUUGACGAAGCCGAGGAGGAGAGAUUCCGUGACGGUCAUGCUGAGGUUAACGAAAGCUGUGGGAAGAGCCUCAGUGGGGUAGCUUGUGCAUCUUUAAAAUGUUGCGGAACGCAGGAGCCUGCACGUUCCGAAAACCCAAGCCUCACUUGGAUUUUGGAACAGACGGCCAGUUUGGUGAAACAGCUGGGGGUGUCAGUAGACGUGUUACAGCACCUCAAACAGCGGUAAAAAUUAUCUUUGCUGUAAUAAUGAAAAUAAUGUCAGGAACAUUCGUAGAGCGUUUUGUUUCUGAACAAGCUGGAACCAAAACCUGUACUGGUUUCCACAUUGAACACUUCGCUUGUCAGGUUUUCCUUCACAGAAGUUUGAAAGGUUUUCAGAAUUAACACUCUUAAAUGUACCAUAAGCCUGCUGUCUUUGUCACUGGGAAUUUUUUUUAGGGCCACACCUUCAGCAUAUGUAAGUUCCCAGGCUGGGGUCCAGUUGGAGCUGAGGCCACGGCAACUCCAGAUCCUUUACCCACUGAUGGAGGCCAGGGAUCAAACCCACAUUCUCGUGGGUACUAGUUAGGUUCAUAACUCACUGAGCCACAUUGGGAACUCCUGUCACUGGGAAUUUUUAUGUAGUGUUAAGAUGUGGUCAGAAAUUCCAGUCUCUGAUGAAAAUCAAGCGUUUUCGGACUCUGAAUUAACAGCAAUGAAGAAAGAAUCAGGCCACAGUUGACCCUUGAACAACACAGGCGUUAGGUGCCCACCCACCAUAAGGUCAAAAAUUCUCAUGUAACUAACUCGUGGCCGGCCUUCCGUGUCUACAGUUAUGGGUCUGCCAUUACAUCACCUUCAGAUCGUGUAGUACUGGGUAUUUACUGUUGAAAAAAAUCCAAGCAUAAGUAGACCCUCCUUGCAAUGCAGACCCAUGUGGUUCAAGCAUCAGUUGCUGUUUUGUUUUUCAUUUUUGGCCACCCCACAGCACGUGGAGUUCCCAGGCCAGGGAUCAGAUCCAAGCCACAGUUGUAACCUACGCCAUGGCUGUGGCCACACUGGGCCCUGUAUGUAGCCCACUGUGUCAGACCAGGGAUCAAGCCUGUGUCCUGGGGCUUCAGAGACACCACCAGUCCAUUGCAAUAUAUCAAGACCUCCAUCAACUGUUGUUUUGUGAGGACUUAGCCUUCUGCGCCUGUCAUAUCGUCUUGAGGUUAGGACCUCAUCAGCUAAUCAGAGGAAUAAAAAAUAACGUAAUGGCAGAGUUCCCGUCGUGGCGCAGUGGUUAACGAAUCCGACUAGGAACCAUGAGGUUGCGGGUUCGGUCCCUGCCCUUGCUCAGUGGGUUAAGGAUCCAGCGUUGCCGUGAGCUGUGGUGUAGGUUGCAGACGCGGCUCGGAUCCCGCGUUGCUGUGGCUCUGGCGUAGGCCAUUGGCUACAGCUCCCAUUGGACCCCUAGCCUGGGAACCUCCAUAUGCCACAGGAGCGGCCCAAGAAAAUGGCAAAAAAGACAAAAAAUAAAAUAAAUAAAAAGGAACCUAAUGGCUAAAGUUGUAAGUAGACACACAUAGAUAUACAGAUAUGUAGAUACCUAUAGGUAUUGAAAUUAAGAGGCUAAUAAGUUUAAGAAGCUAAAGAAAUGUUUAUACUGAUGAUUAAAAGUAAGAUACUAAAGUUUGUUUCAGGGAGUUCCCAUCUCUGCUCAGCAGAAAUGAAUCUGACUGGCAUCCAAGAUGAGAAGGGAGACAGUCCUAGCUCCAAAAGGUUUAUCCCUAAACUUUAAAGAAAAAAGGGAGCUCCUGUCGUGGCUCAGGGAUUGACUCACCCGAUUAGCAUCCAUGAGGACUCAGGUUCAAUCCCUGGCCUCCCUCGAUGGGUUACGGAUCUGAUGUUGCCAUGAUCUGUGGUGUAGGUCACAGACAAGGCUCGGAUCCCACGUUGCUGUGGUAGAGGCCAGCAGCUACAGCUCCAAUUCGACCCCUAGCCUGGGAACCUCCAUAUGCUGCUGGUGCUGCCCUAAAAAGA